AUGAGCCAAGGACCAGAGGGCAAGACCCAAAUGACAGAGUUUAUUUUAAUGGGACUUUCAGACAUCCCAGCUGUCUGCUUCUUCAUCAUUUUGCUGAUCUAUCUUGUCACACUACUGGGCAACGGCACCAUCCUCCUUGCCAUAGGAACUAAUUCUCAGCUGCACAAUCCCAUGUUCACCCAACAUUGGACAGGAACUAAUUCUCAGUUGCACAACCCCAUGUAUUUCUUCCUCAGUAAUCUUUCCUUGCUGGACAUCUUCUGCCCCACAGCUACAGUGCCCAAGAUGCUAGAGAACCUCUUGACAGAAAACAGUUCCAUCUCCUUUGCUGGCUGUGUGUUACAACUCUACUUCUUGGUGGCCUUGGCAGGGACUGAGGUCUUCUUGUUGGCCGUCAUGGCCUAUGACCGCUACGUGGCCAUAUGCAACCCUUUGUGA